UCCAAACAACUUUUAGGAAAAAAUUAAGUUCAUAAGCCAAGGUUUGACUGUAACUUAUAUUUAUAAAUAUGGUAUAGUUAUUAAUAUAAUAAUGUUUUUCUGACAGAAUUAUGUCAAGGAAGAAGUUGCCACAGUAGAAUGUUAUUUAUACGUGUUUGUGAAUUAGUGAUGGAACUAUUUUCAAAAUCUUUUUUCAAGCAAUAUUUUUUUCGUCCAUUGUUAAAAUUAGCUGAAGAUCCAGUUCCAAAUGUUCGACUUAGGUUGUGCUCUGUUUUACCUCAAUUAAAAGCUCAAAUAAAAUUACCAACAGAUGGAUCACUGUUGCAGGAACUUGAAGCUUGUGUUCGUGUAUUAAUGACUGAUGAAGGCGAUAGGGAUGUUGCAGCAGCUGUUCGAAAUGUUAUAGAAGAAUUGGAUAAGAUUGAAGUUGCAAUGGAGCCUAGUUCUACAAGAACUUCAUGUGCUGAAUCAGAAAUAGAUUUAGAAGAUAUUCAAAAAGAAGAAGAAGAAAGACAAUUAUUAGAAAGAGAGUUCCAAAAGAAACAGCCGUCAGAAGGAAAACUAAAAAAAUCUCAAUCAACACGAAGUCUUCAAAGGCAUGCUAAAAUACCAGUUCGAAAAAGUGGUACUUUUCCUAAACAGUAUUCCAAUAAAUAUUCUCAGAAAAAUGUACUUAAAAGUCCAACAAAUUGUCCAACAAACUCUUCUAGUUCAAAUAAAGGUGCAUCUAUACAGUCAAGAAACAGUCAACAACAGAGAAAAUCUAAAAUGCAAAGUAGCAAAGUAGAAUCUCAAAAAGCAGAAGAAAAAAAAGGAAUAACUAAAACCAAAGAAAAUAAUUUGCCAAUUAUAGAAAGUUCAUCUCAAAAUAAUAGUAAACUAUCAAAUAUACCAGUAGCAAGGAAAAGCCCAGGAAGCUCACCAAAAGGUUCCUUACAAACAAAUCAAAUAAAUCCUGAAAAAUAUCCUUCAUCUUUACCAAUUCCAAAUGAUUAUGGAUAUUUUUUAACACCAAAUGUUUAUCAUUCAAAUCUAUGUGAAAGAGCCCCUUCUCCACAUCCUGCUUUCUCCGAACAGUUGUUUGGAGUUGAUUUGGAAGUAUUUUCAACGUUGACACUAUCUUAUAAUAAAAAGCAAUCUCCUGGAAUCUCACCUAAAUGCUCAGAAAGUCUUUCUCCAGAAUCAUCAAAUCGUUCCAUUCAAUCAACAAAUAGUAAUAAUAGUUCAUCACAAGGUAGUAGAAUACCAACUCCAACUGCAAAGUAAGUCAUAUUAAACUAUAAAACUUUUUCACAUUGAUUUUUUUUUAAAGAAAAUCUUUAAUAAAAUCAAUUGACUACCUGUUG